AUGCAGGUGCCACAAGAUGGAGAGGACUUUGUGGGCCAACCCUGGUACCACGGCCCCCUGUCCCGCCAGAAGGCCGAGGACCUUCUCCAGCAAGAUGGUGACUUCUUAGUUCGUGCGUCCAAGUCCCGUGGGGGCCACCCUGUGAUCUCUUGCCGCUGGCGGGGCUCAGCCCUGCACUUCGAGGUGCUUCGUGUGGCCCUGAGGCCCCGGCCAGGCCGGCCCACAGCCCUCUUUCAGCUAGAGGAUGAGCGUUUCCCCAGCCUGCCUGCCCUGGUUCGCAGCUAUGUGAUUGGCCAGCGUCCACUGUCCCAAGCCACAGGGGCUGUGGCCUCCAGGCCAGUGCCACGGCAAGGACUAAUUCGACGCAGCUUCAGUGAGGACACCCUUCCAGACGGCCUGGCUCGCACAGAGCCGCUCAGGGAUAGGAAGCGGAGUGAUAGUCAGCCCGCAGGUUUGGAGCAUAUGUGGCGGCUACCAGAAGACCCUCCUGGACCAGUGCUUACCAUCUUCAAUCAGAGGAGCAAAAAGGAAGAGUUCAGACUUAAAAUGGAGUCUUCAGAAUUGGCAGAACUACAUCCAUGUCAGAGAAAGUUCAUUUUCAGACUUGAUAGGUAUCUAGCAUUGAUGUUGAUGAAGCUGUUCAGCUUCAAAGCUGCAACAGGAGCCUCCACUGUACCUGCAUCUGGCCUGCCUCGGACAGGUAGUGACCCCGUGAUACUAAAGACCCCAGUUCCCUUGGGGUCCGUUGCUGACAGUCUCAGGGCCUCUGAUGGGCAGCUUCAUGCCAAGGCCCCAACCAAGCCACCUCGAACACCCUCAUUGCUACUGUCUGAUGCCUCUGGACGCCCCCCGACGUACUGUGAGCUGGUGCCCCGAGUGCUCAGGGUCCAAGGACCGACCCCUGGCCACAGCUGCCCAGAGUCAGAGGUGCCCUGGUGGGAAGCCGAGGAGGAGAAAGAGGAGGACAGAUGUUUUGCAAGACCGCAGGCUGAGGUCUCUUUCUGUCUCCCUGACACCCCCUCCUGCCUGCUGGGCUCCCAGAAUCGGCCUCUGGAACCCGAAGUCCUGCAUACUCUCCGUGGCCUGUUCCUGGAACACCAUCCUGGGAGCACAGCUCUCCACCUGCUAUUGGUAGACUGCCAGGCCACAGGCGUCCUGGGAGUGACCAAGGCUCAGCGGGGCGCCAUGGGGGUCGCCUCUGGUCUGGAGCUGCUCACACUUCCCCACGGGCAUCGCUUGAGGUUGGAAUUGCUGGAGAGGCUCGAGACGCUGGCGUUGGCGGGGGCGCUGGCAGUGCUGGGCUGCGCAGGGCCGCUGGAAGAACGCGCGGCCGCCCUGAGGGGCCUGGUGGAGCUGGCCGUGGCGCUGCGGCCAGGGGCGGUGGGUGACCUGCCCGGACUGGCCGCGGUGAUGGGCGCCUUGCUCAUGCCCCAGGUGUCGCGUUUGGAACGCACGUGGCGCCACCUGCGAAGGAGCCACACGGAGGCUGCGCUGGCCUUUGAGCAGGAGCUGAAGCCGCUGAUGAGAUCGCUGAAUGAGGGCGCCGGACCCAGCGAACCCGGCGAGGUGGCGCUGCCGCACGUGGCACCCGCGGCGCGCCUGCUGGAGGGUGAGGAACUCCCGGGGCCCUUGGACGAGAGCUGCGAGCGGCUGCUGAGCACCCUGCACCGGGCGCGUCAGACGGCCCGGGACGCGCCCAGAUUCCGCGAGGCGGCGGCGCGGCGCCUGCGAGGAUUCCGGCCCAACCCAGAGCUGACAGAAGCCCUGACCACUGGCUUCUUGAGGAGGUUGCUCUGGGGGAGCCGAGGGGCUGGGGCACCAUGGGCCACACGACUCGAGAAGUUCCAACGCGUCCUCAGCGUCCUCUCGCAGCGCCUGGAGCCUGACCCUUGA